AUUUGCUACAUUGCCUAGGAAAUUCAUGUUAUUUUAUUUUCUCCUUCUCAGAAUCUAUUUUGAAUUCUUUUGAAGAGGAGUCAUGAUAACUGCUGAAAAGAAUCAGAGCACUUCAGGGAUAUUCAUCCUUUUAGGAUUCUCAGAUUAUCCUGAUCUCCAAGUCCCCCUCUUUCUGGUGUUCUUGACCAUCUAUGUGGUCACUGUGGUAGGAAAUUUAGGUAUGAUUGUCAUCAUCAGGAUCAACCCCAAACUCCACACACCCAUGUACUUUUUCCUCAGUCACUUGUCCUUUGUGGAUUUUUGUUACUCCACUGGAGUCACACCCAAGCUCUUAGAAAACCUGGUUGUGGAAGACAGAACUAUCUCCAUCAAGAAUUGCAUCACACAAUUCUUUUUUACUGCUACCUUUGUGGUGGCAGAGACAUGCCUACUAGCAGUGAUGGCCUAUGACCGUUUCUUGGCCAUUUAUAAGCCUCUGCUUUAUACUGUUUCCAUGUCACAGAAACUUUCUGCCUUUCUGGUGGCUGCAGUAUAUUCAUGGGGCAUAAGCUCUUCUCUUCUAUUUACCUAUUCUCUCAUUGUCUUGUCAUUUUGUGAAACUAAAAUUAUCAAUAAUUUUCUCUGUGAGUAUUCUGUCAUCUUGGCAGCCUCCUGUUCUGAUAAAUAUUUUAGUGAAACAAUACUUUUUAUUGUUGCUAACUUUACUGCAUUUGGCACUCUCAUCAUUAUCCUGACUUCUUAUAGUUGCAUUUUUGUCACCAUUCUGAGAAUGCAUUCAGCAAGUGGGAGACAUAAAGCUUUCUCCACCUGUGUCUCCCACCUUACAGCUGUCACCAUCUUCUAUGGAAGCAUCCUCUUCCUCUACUGUGUUCCUAAUUCCAAAAGCUCAUGGCUUAUAGUUAGGGUGACUACAGUUUUUUAUACCGUGGUAAUCCCUAUGCUCAAUCCCCUAAUUUAUAGUCUGAGAAACAAAGAAAUAAAAGAAACCCUCAGCAAAAUAAGAAAUAUCAAAAAAAAUACUCACUAAAAUUAUUUGUCAUUAUGAUGUGUUUCCUGAUUGAGCUCUUAUCAUAGAAUUUGUGGUCAAAAUCAAUUAAACAGACAAUUGAUUUAUUCUUAAACAAUAAUUUCCUGCUUAUUGAAUAGACUGAAAUUUGACAAAUGUUAUAAACUCCAAGAUAGACAUUUUAUGUAAAUUUUGACAGACUUCUCUCAUCUUCACCUCUACAAAGAAGUUGUUUUUUUUUUUGUUU